AUGUCAGAAGACGCGAUCAAGGGUGCCAGUAACAAUGAGAGAUUGCUCGCAGCUGCGCGAGCCGAUAACGAGGAGCUGUUGCUGGAAGUCUUCGAGGAGGGAGGCUUCGAUAUCAACUGCAAGGAUGGUGUAGGGAACACUCCACUACACAACGCCGUUCUUCACGGAUCUACCGAUGUCCUUGAGCACAUUCUGUCGCACGAAGAAUGUGAUGUUGACCCCGUAAAUCGGAUUGAUCAAGCAACGCCACUCCACCUCGCAGUGCAAAUCGAGGAUCCGGAGUUGAGGAAAGCUGUCGUUGAAAGUCUACUAGAAGCUGGCGCAGAUACAACGUUGAAGGACAGGAAUGGGUUCACCGUGCUAGAUAUCAUCCCGUCAGACGAUACCGUCAUCCGUGGCUUGAUUCGUAAAUCUAAAGCAACAAACUUGGUGUCGAGUGCCGAUAUUGCCAGUGAUGACGACGAUGAGCCUGGAUCUGGCGGAUCUGGCUCUGACUCUGAGUGA